UCGGUCGGCUGCACACACAGUAACCGGAGCAGCCGUUACUUUCCACUCUUUUUCUGUAUAACUUUCAAGGUAACUACGCGAAACAAACUGUGUACACUAUUUACAAUCACUGCACGGAGAUAUUCAAGUUAAAUGUUAGUAUGAUAAACACAACUGUUACUAAAAGUAAUGAAUGGUUGGGUUUAAAACUCGCUAGCCGCCUCCAGCCGGAGUGUAGCGUAAGAAAAGUCCAGCGGUAUGCUAGCUUGAACGCGUAGCUAGGCUAACUUGACUUACCGGAUCUGCUGAAAGACGUUGGCUUUCUCGCUGCUAUCUAGGCUUUGUCAUGUCGGCCUUUAACCAGCGGUGAUAUAAUAUUCAAUGUGUGCUUUGAACAGCCAGUAAGCUAUGUUAGUUUGUCAACCAGCAGUUUUGGCAGGGAAUAUAAUGUUCGCUAGCUGAGGCGGCGCUAGCAUUAGCACAACAAGCCUCGGGAGUCAGCUGACAGUCUGUUGUGGGCUGCCAACAGAUCAGUGAUGGAUCAACUCAAAGUGAAGGAUCGCAUACUGGAAAAUAUCUCCCUGUCUGUCAAGAAGUUGCAAAGUUACUUUGCAGCCUGUGAAGAUGAGACCCCAGCCAUUCGAAAUCAUGACCGGGUUUUGCAGCGCCUCUGUGAACACCUAGACCACGCUUUGCUAUAUGGGCUGCAGGAUAUCUCCUCAGGCUACUGGGUCCUGGUCCUUCACUUCACCAGGAGAGAGGCCGUCCGUCAGAUAGAUGAGCUUCAGCACAUAGCAACCAACCUGGGCCGAAGCCGCGCAUGGUUAUACCUAGCCCUGAGUGAGAGUUCUUUAGAGAGCUAUCUACGCCUCUUCCAGGAGAACCAAGGGUUACUACAGAAGUAUUACUUCAAGAAUGCACUGGUCUGCAGUCAUGACCACCUCACACUAUUCCUCACGCUGGUGUCCGGCCUUGAGUUUAUUCGCUUCAAUCUGGAGCUGGAUGCACCAUAUCUGGAUGUGGCCCCCUACAUGCCAGAAUACUACAAACCCCAGAAUCUGCUGGACUUUGAGGAAAGGCUACCCAGCUCUGACAGUUUGUCCCUGCACUCCUUCACCUCCCUUACCUCGACAAACCUGGAGUGGGAUGACAGCGCCAUAGCUCCCUCCAGUGAAGAUUAUGAUUUCGGUGACAUCUUCCCCGUGUUGCAGUCAUUGCCAAGUGCAGACUGGGAAGAAGGGGACCUGACUGACCAGGCCAGCUGCCCCCGGUCCAGUGGCUCUGAUCCACAGACAGUCAUCAGCGACACAGUGGUUCUUCCUUCAGGCACCAUCAUUGUGAAAGGAGCCGCUCAUCCCUCUGCACACAGCCCCACGUUCAGACACAACCCCUUCAACGGGGACUCGGACACCAACACUACCAACACCUCAGCCGACAUCACACCAGUUCACGUGGCCAUCCGCCAUUACACCAUCACCCCAACCAAUGGCGACGACGCAGAUAACGCCGGCAAUGAGCUGGAGGUCAUCAGGAUGGCCAGACGAAGGAAACCAGCCAAGAAGCGACGAGGGAAGGGCUCUACAGAUUCCAGCAGCAGUAUUAAUAACUCCAUUUCGUCGGAUCACAUAGAAACAGAAAACAGUCUUCAGGCCUCGGAGGAAGUGGAAUCACUAAACUGCUCGUCUUUUCAGCUGGAAGCUGACAGAGAGCUUAGGAGAAGCAGGGUGGGAUCAGAGGCUGUGGAGGAAGGAGAUGAGGACGGAGUGGAAGGCCUGCGGCUCCCAGAGAUGAGAGACACCUCCAUGGACACUGUGGGCCAACCCCUCCGUGAUGUCAUGGAUCGACUCAAUGGGGCCCUGGAUAGGAAUGGGGAGCCCUGGGAGCACCUAGUGGAGGAUGUGGAGGGGAAAAAUAAUGACCAUAGUGCCGAGCCCCCUGCACAGCAGCCCUUUCGAGAGGAUACAGCAGGCGAGCCCCCUGACCGUGCAGAGGGAGAGACAUGUCUCUCUCCAUUGGUCACAAGCCACAACUUCCUGCAGACCUCCCCUGCACCUACAGACGUAUGCUGCUUUACCGCCAACAGUCCAGACUCUGCUCCCACGGGUGGUGGCUACUAUGACUCUACAGAGCAUAGCCAGUCGCAGACUCUUUCAGGUGGCCUUGAUGAUGAAGGACAAGCAGAGGCGCAAUCAAGACAGAAAGCCGACUUGACGACCCGAGGAGAAGACACAGAAGAAGGAGAAGAAGCAGACGCAGAAAAGCUACAAGAAGAGAAGCUUAGUUCCUCUGAAAGUUCUCAUCCUGCAGAGUUUAAGGUGGAUAACAACCACUUGCUUCUUCUCAUGAUUCACGUAUUCAGAGAGAACGAGGAGCAGCUCUUCAAGAUGCUGAGAAUGAGCACAGGCCAUAUGGAGGGCGAUCUACAACCACUUUACCUGCUGCUGACUGACUGUUACAUUUACCUGCUUAGAAAGGGAGCUGCAGAAAAGCCUUAUACAGUAGAGGAUGCUGUACCUUAUAAUGAGCUGGACUAUCUAUCAGUUGGCCUCGACCAGCAGACAGUGAUGGUGGUUUGCACCAACAGACGGAGAAAAUUCCUGUUGGACACAGCUGACGCCUCUCUAACAGUUUGGUUCUUGUCCGUUCUGAAGUCGGCCAUGGUGAAGGGUUGUCGCGAGCCUCCUUACCCUUCUGUUUUGACUGAUGCUACGAUGGAAAAACUGGCUCUCACCAAGUUUGUCUCCCAGGAAUCUUAUUGUGAGGUAGCUGACGUGUCUAUCCAGCUGUAUUCACUGGUGCACUGGGAGGAUCCUAUGGACAUGGCUCUGUCACCCCAGGGUGGCCCAUCUAGGGCUGGGGGACCUUCCAGCACCAAGGAGGGGACUCUACAGUACCGAGCUGGAACCACCUACCUGGGCAAAGAGUUGUGGAAAAGCUGCUACGUCAUCCUCAGCAAUGGGAUUCUCUACCUGUAUGCAGAAAGAACUGAUGGGACACCUGUAAUUUCAGUCACUAUGGGAGGAGAGCACUGCGGAGGCUGCCGGCGCUCAAACAGCACAGAGCAUCCCCACGCCUUCCAGGUCAUCCUGACAGAACGCCCUCCACUGGAGCUCAGUGCUAACAAUGAGCAGGACAUGGCUGACUGGAUGCAGCUGCUCUGCCAGUCCGUCUCUAAAGGAGUUAUCCCCCAGGGUGUGGCCCCAACCCCGUGUAUCCCAUGCUGCCUCGUGGUGACAGACAGUAAGCUGCUAACUUGCCAUCAGGACUGUCAGACCAGUUUCUUCCGCUCACUGGGCAGCGCUGACAUCUGUGAUGUCACAGCUGUCAGCAUGGAGGCCAACAAGGAGUACUGUGUUAUUGAGUUUGCAGCAGAUCGGACCCAGUUUCUUCCUCCUUGGGUUUUGUACUUCAGUGGCUGUGAUGAGAGAGAUCGGCUUCUGGGGGCGUUGGACAACACAUGGAAAGCCAUUUUCCAGGUUGACCUCCCCCACAGAGACGUGUUCGAUCCAUCUGUGCAGAAGCGUUGUGGCGAGGCCCUCGCUCUGAUGAACAGCGCCUGGCAGAGAGCAGACAGUCUGGCCCGAGGCAGAGCCCAGCGCGAACCCUGGUGCUGAUGGACACACACAUGCACACAUACACAUAAACAUAACUGUGGUUAGCCACUGGAACAGACUAAACAGUCUUAUAUAGUUCCAGGAUAGACAGAUUUAUCUCGCGACAUAACAGUCUCUACUGACUGUUCAGAGUGGAAUAAGCUGUAAGAAUGAGAUAAACCAAUCAGGUGAGGUUAUUGGUUGCUGUACUACAGCAUUACCCUGUGAUGCACCUCUGACUCGCUGUUGAAUUCCUUACAUCAUAGGAACUGCAGAAGAAGCUAGGCUUAUGGUACAGCCAUUGCAGUGACGCAAAACAUUAUUACUUGGAAUGAAAAUCAGUUGAACAAACGUCCACCAGAAUGUUGUAACAAAGUUUGACCCUAGCAGACAUUUUCAUCGUUCCUUUCUCAGAGAUUCUUCACACAGAGCAGUGAUGCAAAAAUAAAUGUGCUUAAAGGAACGUUGUGUUUCAUAUGAUGUUAUUUAGGAUAAAUCCCUGUAGGAAAUGCAAAAACGGUUGUGUAGUGGUUACACAUCGAUGCCAACACAUACGACCAAAAACAAGUCUCCAAAAGACGUGAACAUCCAGCUGUUUUCUUUAGAGGAGUAUACUCUUGAAAACGAACACCAAUGGAGAGAAGCAUUGACUUCCUCAUGUGGACAGACCAGAAAAUAAUCAAACAUAAAUCAGGUACACGGAGUGUGGAAUAAGACAUGGAGCCAUAACCAGUAGCUUUCCUGCACAGUGAAGUGAGAGAAGUAGUAUUUAUUGAAUCUCAACAGUAACUCAGUCAGAAUUAAAUCAUUCUUGUGAUAUUCAUGAAGAAAGCCAUACAUGAAGGGAGGGGAACUUACUGCUUGUUCGCUUCACGCUCCCUUUGCCUUGCACAUAAAAAGUGCUUUCUCCUGCACAACUCUGAAAUGAUACAAAUCACUCCUUGCUUGCAAACAAUUAGCAGAAGCUCUGCUGAACCCCUAACUGUGGCACAUUUAUAAAGCCAAUUCACAGCACUGUACAGUAUCUAUGAGUAUUCACUGACAGCUGCGUACGUGUCUGCUAUUCAGUUAUGGUUCGUCUAAUGACUCGUACACUGAUCGAAGAAUAUGUGGAUAUUUAACACUUGCACUGUUACAUAACAUGCUUAUACCUGUGUCGUCUGUUUGAUAUCUCGCUCAGUUAAUUUGAAAGUCGUCACACAGAUAAAAGAAUAUCAGGAAUGCAACAGACUUGCCUUUUUUCUCCGCUCAAGACAAGUGGAGGCUUCCAUGCUGACUUGCACAUUGUUAGUCUUUUUUUAAAGGUACUAGUAGUAGUUUUGUUUAAUAUAUAACGUGCUCAUUCGUUUCCAUUUCUGAGAAAGUGUGAAGAAUUGUUACUAAAUUAUUGAAUCCAGUAGUAACAUUAAGAUGGUGUUUACUAUGUUGCCUGCAUUGGCAGGCCUGUACUUCCCUUUAGUGUGGGGUAGUAUCGAGUAAAGGCCCUGGCACACCAAGGAGAUCAUCAGCCGUCUGUCCUAGUUGAACCGUUGGCGUGCGGUCAUCAUCCCAGAUUGUGUGGUGUGUCUGGCUCAGUCGGCCCCCGUCCGCCUUUUUUGGCCGAUUCGACAUGUUGAACCGGCGGUCAGUGAGAGGAAUCUCUCUGAUUGGCUGUUCGGAGGUUUCAUUUAUCUCCAG